CGCUAUAAAUAAUUGUUGCUCAUAUGUAUAUCGAUAGUUGAAAGCAAGUGCAUAUGCUCAUCUUUAUUGGCACACGUGCUGUAAACAACAAAAGUGAAAUGCAUUAAAAACAGCCUGUUUUGUAUAAAUAUUUAACUUUAGAUAAAAGUAACCGUUAUACUACUCAUGUACGCCACAAACUAAGCAACAUGGAUUCCAAGUACUUGAUAGGCAGCAAUGGAAAUGCAAGAGGCCUGGCUGCCGUAUUUCCCGUAAAACGCAAGUUGGAGCCCAUGAAAGAACAAAACGUUAUUAAGAAACCCAACAACUAUAGUCCGCCAAAGCAGCCAACUCAAGUAUACAAAAAUGUGCUGGCAAAUCGCAAGACAAGCAUUGAGCAAGAACGAAAAGCGCUGCCAGUAUAUCACUGUCGACAGCGCAUACUCAAAGAGCUGGAGGCUCACGAUACACUGUUGAUCAUGGGCGAAACAGGCAGCGGGAAGACGACACAAAUACCACAGUUUCUGAUGCAGGCUGGCUAUGCUAACCAAGGCAUCAUUGGCAUAACCCAGCCACGUCGUGUAGCAGCUAUAACCAUAGCCAAACGUGUGGCACAGGAAAUGGCUUGCAAUGUGGGCGAAGCUGUUGGCUACACAGUGCGUUUUGAGGAUAGCACAACGGAGCGUACUCGAAUACGUUAUCUCACUGAUGGCAUUUUGCUGCGUGAGGCUAUUGGCGAUCAUUUGUUGCGAAAAUAUUCGGCUAUAAUGCUGGAUGAGGCGCACGAGCGCACUGUCAAUGCAGAUGUGCUGUUUGGCAUAGUAAAGGAGGCGCAGCAGGAGCGCCGCAAGCAGAAGCUAUCCAAGCUAAAGCUAAUAAUUACCUCAGCGACCAUGGAUAUUGAUCAUUUUGGGCAAUACUUUAAUGUCAAAGGCAUGUAUUUGGAGGGACGCACACAUCCUGUGCGAAUAAUGCAUGCCAAGCAAACUCAGGAUGAUUACAUACAUGCUGCUCUAGUUACACUCUUCGAUAUACAUCGAAAUGAGCCCAUUAACCAUGAUGUGCUUAUUUUUCUCACCGGGCAGGAGGAGAUUGAGGCCUUGGCGCAACAAAUACGUCAGUUGGCCAGAAUUAACAACUCUGGUCCCUCGGAUGUGCGUGUAUUUACGCUCUAUGCCCAACUGUCUCAAGGCAAGCAGCUGGAAUGCUUUAUGCCCGUUCCCGCAAACACGCGCAAAAUUGUGCUAGCCACCAAUAUAGCAGAGACAUCUAUAACCAUACCAGGCAUACGCUGUGUCAUUGACUGUGGCUUUGUCAAACAAAAAUCCUUUAAUGCCAGCUCUGGCUUGGAUUUGCUCAAAACGGUGCGCAUCUCCCAAGCUCAAGCUUGGCAGCGUAGCGGACGCGCUGGUCGCGAUGCGCCAGGCAAAUGCUAUCGCACCUACACCAAACAAGCUAUGACUGCAUUUCCCAGCGCUACGCAGCCUGAGAUUCUACGCGCUAAUCUAACCUCCACGGUGCUGCAGCUGCUAGCCCUGGGCAUUGAUUGCUAUAGCUUUGAUUUCAUAGAUGCACCAGAGCAGCAGGGCGUGGUGAGUGCCUAUAAAACCUUGGAGAAGCUGGGCGGCAUCAAGUCUGUGACUGUGCCCUGCAUAACGACCACAGGUCGCUGGUUGGCUCAAUUUCCGCUUGAUCCGCGUUAUGCUAAACUCUUACUUUCCGCGCCCAGCUUUGGCUGCAUGGAUGAAAUGCUUAGUCUGGUGGCUGCAAUGAAUAGCGAUAAUGUCUUCAUUGGCCAUGCGGAUAAAUCUGAGCUAGCCUCUCUUGCGCAUGCAAAAUUUCAAUCAAAGCAUGGCGACCACUUAACGCUACUUAAGGUCUUUGCUACUUUUCAAAAGAUCGAAAAGACUAAAAUCUGGUGCCACGACAAUUUUCUCAACAUACGAAAUUUAACUUAUGCACGUAAUGUACGCAAUCAGCUACAAGAGAUUGCCACACGUCUUAAUCUGGCUGUAAAUAGCUGUGGCGAUAAUUUGGAUGCUGUAAAAAAAUGCCUUAUAUCGGGACUCUUUGAAAACAUCGCCAUGCUGCAGAAGGAGGGACACUACUUAACACUUAGCGGUCGCCAAAAGGCCAGAAUUCAUCCGUCCAGUGUGCUCCAUGGAAAAUACAAGCCGCCAUGCAUUCUGUUUACUGAGCUGGUCCAAACGGAGCAAAACUACUUGCGACAAGUGACUGAAAUAAGCAUAGAAUGGAUUGAGGAAGUUGUCCCCUCCAUAAAAAUUACACAUAAAUAAAGCUAACUACGUUUUUUUUUGUCGUA